AUGAGUUAUUUCAUGCGGUAUGCAGGUGUCGUCUGUGUUACCAUUGGCAUGGCGUAUUUAUUCCUCAUGGGAGGUUUUAUCAUGUACGCUAUUAUCCCUAUAAUGGCCGAUACGACAAUAAAGUUGGUAGGUCAUGUCGUCAUAGCCAUGGUAUUGUUUUUCAAUAUUUACUUUAAUUACGCACUAUGUUGCGCGACAGAUCCGGGAAUUAUUACGGCCAAGUGGAUAAUGGAGACAGAUGUUUCAAACAGUCAAGUGGACAAUGCCAAUGAUGAGAGAAUUGACAAGGACAUUGAGAUUUUAGAUCAAAAAGACGACAAGAAGGAGCUGAAUCAUGGUGAUAUGGAGCUUCUUUUGAGAAUUCAACCCAAUGCCAAGGCUCCUGAUGAAGUGGACAAUGAUGCUCAAAUACAAUUACCAGGAGAUACACAGCAUAUGCACGUGGCUAGACGACGUGGAUGCCGUCCAAAUACUAGUGAUAAAGGCGUUUCGUACUGCCGAAGGUGUCGUCAUUUUCGACCACCUCGAGCACAUCAUUGCUCGGUUUGUAAUCGAUGCAUCGCACACUUGGAUCAUCACUGCCCGUGGGUAAAUAACUGCAUUGGACGAGACAACUAUCGGUACUUCUUUUCUUUUCUUUUGUGGCUUGCAGUAGGUUGCUGUUAUGCCGCAUGCAUAAGCUACGAGGCGGCCUACACUGAAUUGGGUCGUGAACAAUAUGCUAGAAUGCUCAUGCUCACUCAGGUGUCUUCGCUUCAAAUAUCCGCACCAAAAAUGCUCCAAUUCGCCUUUACGACGUCUGCCGCCAUAGGCUUAGCCGUAACAAUUCUGGCAAUCUGGCAUGCCUUCCUCAUUGCCACUGCACAGACGUCAGUGGAAGUGCAUGUCAAUCGAUACCCGCGCAAUCGAGGUCUCCACGGCAUAAAAUCAGUCAGCCCGUACUCAACUGGCAGCAUUCACGGCAACUGGGAACUUGUUUUUGGUCGGUGCAACUACAAAAUUCUGUCGCUCAUGCCAAGCACGCGUGUUCCACCAAAUCCGCGGACCCUCAACAAGAAAAGAGGAACUGCCGUUUGCAAGGCCAAAUCCAAUCUACCUGAUGCAACAGGAUCAUCUCCAGACACCAUGGUUUAA